AGCCCCGCUCUGAUACUAGCCAACAGCGGCGCGCAUAUCCGAGGCUCCAAAAUAGCCAGUUAGCUGAAGCUAGCUAGCUAGCAUUUCUCGUCACUAUCUUAACUAGGUCGUGGACUUACUCAUAUUUAUAACCAACUUCAGUACACUGCACGAUCUAUGCUCUACGUCGGUAUUGGAAGUAAUUGUUCGUAUCUUAAAUGAAGUGCUGAGGAGACAAAUGCUUUUUUAACGGCAAUUAUAGACCGGCUUGUACUGCCAAAGUGGUGAGCAAGCCAGCCUCUAUAGAGCGCAAGCUAGCUUGGCUAGCGAACAACACCAGCCAUUGCCGUGCAAGCUGUUUAUUCCCUUCUCCGCGGUCGUGUCAGUUACUAGCUAGAUAAGUUGCAGCAGCGUGGAGGGCUGGUUGGAGGCCCAUGAGGAAGCCACGGCGGAGGGGCCAGCUGGCCGGUGGAGGAGGAGGUCGGAGAUCUGAUGGUGGAGCGGUCAGGGGUCGGGGUGGGGCACGCCCUCGCUCCCCCUCUCCCUACAGCCUCAAAGCGUCCCCCACACGCGAGACCCUGACGUACUCGCAGGCGCAGAAGGUGGUGGAGGUGGACCUGGACGGCCGUCUCCACCGCAUCUCCAUCCUCGACCCCAUGACCGUCAUCACGGAGGACGAGAUGACGGCGCAGGACAUCGCCGAGUGCAACAGCAACAAGGAGAACAGCGAGCAGCCCUUCGCCCCGGCUAGCCCCCAACCCGGCCGCAAAGCGCCCACUUCCAGAGGACGCAGGAAAGACUCCAAACAUUCCUCCACCUCGUCCCCGACUUCCACGUCUGCCCAGAAACACUGCGCCAACGACAAGACCAACUCCUCACACGGUCACCUCACGGCUCUCCCCGAGCCCUCCUUCCGCGUGCUGGAGACCUUUACCCCGGCAGAGGUGGCCCCGUUGCCCACGGCGUACUACCGCUACAUCGAGCGCUCCUCGGAGGAGCAGGAGGCCGAGGCGGAGUAUGACAUGGACGAGGAGGACGCGGCCUGGCUGGAGAUGGUCAACUCCAAGAGGGCGUCAGAGGGCAACUCGGCCAUCUCCCCGGACACCUUCGAGCUGCUGGUGGACAGGCUGGAGGAGGAGUCGUACCGGGAGGCGCGCAGCCGGGCGCCGUCGCAGAGCGCCAUCGACGAAGACGCCUUCUGCUGCGUGUGCCUGGACGACGAGUGCCUUAACAGCAACGUCAUCCUGUUCUGCGACGCCUGCAACCUGGCCGUGCACCAGGAGUGCUACGGUGUGCCCUACGUCCCGGAGGGCCAGUGGCUUUGCCGCUGCUGCCUGCAGUCUCCGCAGCGGCCCGUGGACUGCGUGCUCUGCCCCAACCGCGGCGGCGCGUUCAAGCAGACCAGCGACAGCCGCUGGGCUCACGUGGUGUGUGCCAUCUGGAUCCCUGAGGUUUGCUUCGCCAACACGGUGUUCCUGGAGCCCGUGGAGGGCGUGGACAACAUCCCCUCGGCCCGCUGGAAGCUCACCUGCUACCUGUGCAAGCAGAAGGGCCGGGGCGCCUCCAUCCAGUGCCACAAGGCCAACUGUUACACAGCGUUCCACGUCACCUGCGCCCAGCGCGCCGGCCUCUUCAUGAAGAUCGACCCCGUGCGCGAGACCAACGUCAACGGGACCACCUUCUCGGUGAAGAAGACGGCGUUCUGCGAGGCGCACUCGCCCCCGGGGCAGGAGCCGGCGUCGGAAGAGGAGGACAGCGAGGGGAGGGUGGUGGGCGGCAGGGGUAGGGCCAGUCGCGGGCGCAGCGCCUACACCCCCGUGGCCCCUGCGGUGCAGAAGAGGAGCAAGAAGAUGGAGGGGAAGAGGAAAGGGAAGAAGGCUGCUGAGGCGGCUGCCCGCAGGGCGACGUCUCCCAUGGUUACCGUACCCCAGAUCCCCACACACAGGUUGAACAUCAUCUGCAAAGGCAUACUGUUCCAGAGGAAGAGUCAGUUCAUGCAGCGGUUGCACAACUACUGGCUGCUGAAACGGCAGUCGAGGAGCGGGGUGCCUCUCAUCAGACGGGUGCAUGCGCACGUCCAACCUCCAAGGAACACCGAACAGCCUGAGGUGGAUGAGAAGGUGUCGGCUGUGAGAGAGGAGCUGAGGUACUGGCAGAAGCUGCGACACGAUCUAGAACGAGCCCGGCUGCUGGUGGAACUCAUCCGCAAGAGGGAGAAACUGAAGAGAGAACAGCUCAAGCUCCAGCAGGCGUCCCUGGAGCUGCAGCUGACCCCUGUGCUGGUUCUCUUGCGCUCCACGCUGGACCAGCUGCAGGAGAAAGACAACGCCCAGAUCUUCUCAGAACCCGUGGACGUCAAAGAGGUGCCGGACUACCUGGAGUUCGUCAGCCAGCCCAUGGACUUCUCCACCAUGCGCUCCAAGCUGGAGGACCACGGCUACCGCUCGCUGGCCGACCUGGAGACUGACUUCAACCUCAUGGUGUCCAACUGCCUGCUGUACAACGGCAAGGACACCGUGUUCCACCGCGCCGGCCAGCGGCUCCGAGACCUGGGAGGGGCCAUCCUGCGCCACGCCCAGCGCCAGGCCCAGAACACAGGCCUCGACCUGGACUCAGGCAUGCACCUGCCAGAGUCUCCCCAGAAACACGACUUCUACAGCUGCACCUGGGAGGACGUGGACAGCCUGCUGGACCCGGCCAACCGCCUGCACAUGUCAGUGGAUGAGCAGCUGAAGGGGCUGCUGGACAAGCUGGACGUGGUGACCUCCAUGAGGGGCAGCGGCGCCCGCACGCGACGCAUCCGCCUGCUCCGCCGGGAGAUCAACAACGUGCGCUACCGGCAGGGCCAGCACCACCGCCACUCGCUGCUCAACGGGGACGUCAAGGAGGAGGAGGAGGAGGACGAGGAUGACAAGGCCGACGCCGAGAAGUCGUCGUCUUCUGAUAAAGAGGACCUCAAGUCCACCCCUCCCCCGACGCUCGAGCCCACCGCCUUGGCACCGUCUCCCCGGCAUGGCGACCCGCCCCUGGAACCGCCCACCCUGCGGCCAAUCACGGGAGAGCCGAGGACCCCGAGCCGUCCGUGCAAACGCCUGAAGCUGGACAGCGAGAGCUCCGACGGAGGUUCGACGCCCGCCGAUUCAGGGAACAAAAAUUGCACUAAGAAAGCGGAGGACCCGCCGUCGCCGGGUUUGCACAUCGGAGGUCCGCCGGUGGCCAACGGGCUGGCGGAACACACGCCCCCUCGCCCCGCCCCCCCGCGGCCUGCCACGGGAGGAGUCGGACGCAGGACAUCCGUGCUCUUCAAGAAGGCCAAGAACGGAGCCAAGCUGUUCAGGGAGAAAGAUGGAGGUUUGGUAAACGGGAAUGCCAGAAGUGCUCCCCCUACCCCCAGCUCUGCUGUCAGCACCCCUCUGUCCACACCCUCCAAGACCCCCCAGAAGAGCCCCGCCCCGCCCUCGCUGUGCUCGCCGGAUCGCCUGAGCCCGGGGCUGGACUCUGACGGCGAGCUGGAGAAGACGCCCAACCAUGCACUGGAGAGUGGACUCACCAACGGGUUCAGAAAGCACAAAGAUGGCGACUCGGACCCAGACUGCAGCCCCUGUCCAAUCCUCCACAAACAAAUUAUAAGCUCGCCACCCAAAAAGAGUCUGGGGAAACCAGCGCUGUCCAAAGUCCCCAUCCUGGAGACGGUGAACGGGGAUUCUGACUACACUGGUGCAGUGAACAGCAUCCUGCCAUACGAGGAGGAGACUGAGCUGGAGCCUCUGGACCUGGUCUGGGCUAAGUGUCGUGGUUACCCCUCCUACCCUGCUCUGAUCAUAGACCCAGAGAUGCCCCAGGAUGGCAUGUUUCACAACGGGGUGCCCAUCCCCGUGCCCCCCAAGGAGGUUCUCCAGCUGGGGGAGCAAAGGCAGGAGGAGGCCGGGGAGCCCCUCUUCCUGGUGCUCUUCUUCGACAACAAGAGGACAUGGCAGUGGUUACCCAGGGACAAGGUGACGCCCCUGGGCGUGGACGAGACGGCAGACAAGCUCCGCGUGAUGGAGGGCAGGAAGACCAGCAUCCGCAAGUCAGUCCAGGUGGCGUACGACCGCGCCAUGAUCCACCAGAGCCGCGUCAGCCACCAGCACGGUUUUGUCGCCUCCAACUACCUGUAGAGUGGCGGCCAUCUUGACCGCGCCAGAUGGUUGGAGAUCUACGGCUUCCUAUGCCUCUCCUAGACCCCCUCAGCCCCCACCCAGCAGAACAGAACACUCCCCCUAGAUCUCAUACGACCAGAUGGGUGUAAUUGGCCCACUUGGUGCACCCGGAUGCACCAAUCCCAGCGCUCUGAGAUCUGAUGAGUUGUGUCGAGGAGUCUGGCUCACUACCCAGGCUUCAGGCUGGGUGUCUUAUAGUACCACAAUACCUAACCACUACUCCCCCAAAGAGAAUGGUGGGCUUAUGCCUUGGAGGUGAAGAUGAAAUAUUUUGAGGUAUCCAAUGUGUAAACCCCCUCUCACCACCCCCACCCCCACCCCCCCUGAGAUUGCAUUACUGCCCCCUAAGAGAUUUUAGAGGUCUGCAAAUGCUGUCUGGAUGUGAGCAGAUGGGUUAAGCUGUGGUGGUUCGAUCAAAGUUGAAAUAAUUCUACAAACCUUUUUGUAUGAUGUUACUGCCAAGAAAUCAAAAGGUUGUAAAAGAGAUUUAUCAUAUUUAUAUGAAACAAGGAAGACGUAUGAAUGGAUUACUGCCAUCUUUUUUUACAAUAGCUUUUUACAUUUUAAAGUUUUUUCAAAACCACUUGUAAAUUGUAAAGACACUUGUGUAUAUAUGUCUGUGUAUAUCACACUUGAUCUAAUUUAAAGUCGCUAUUUUUUAAAUGCGAAUUCAAUCACCCAUGGGUUAAUAAGCUGUAUAUACUUGUAAAAAAAUAUAUUAUUGACUUGCAACAGAGUGUAUUCAGCUUGUGCUUAAAGUCAGCUCAUUGUAUGUGCAUCUGUAUAACACAAUACAAUGGCUUAUGGUUCUUUAUAUAUAAAUUCUCAUUUUUUGAUACAGAGAAAAUGUAAUUUAUUUAUGGAAGACAGAAAUAUAGAAAUACAGUUAUAUAUUGGUUGAAGGUGAGAAUUAAAUCUGUUAUUUAAGCUAUUGAAUGAGGUUUUUAAGACGUACAGCCAAGACUGUUGGGGUUUCCAGACGUUUGAUUCAGGGGUUAGCCUGUACUGUCAGCAGUUUUAGUCCAGACUGACCUUUUAGCCCACCACAAAGCACAGAAAGAGAUAUUUAUUGUUGACUGAUUCUGGAAUCCCAAACCCUGUCAAGAAAUGAGAAGAAUAGAAUAUUUCUAUGCUUGUACAAACUGCAGAUUUUACUUACCUGCCAAAUACCUUGUCUGAAUCAGUAUUUUCUCAUGUGGGAAAAUAAAUGUUCUUUUGAAGA